ACUGCCUUUUUAAAUUAGAAAUUCUGUAAUGGGCUAGCACCGGUACGAGAAUCACAACCAAGCUUCUCCGAAGACCACAGGCUAGCCCUUUAUGACCUGGCACUUCACCUACCUCUCCAGUGAGCGUCUAACUUGAAUUCUGGCUCCACCAAUUUUAGAACUCACAUUGUUGUUUUUCUAAUACACGUCUUAGACUAUCCAAAUUGUGUUUUUCAUUUCCUUCAUCCACUAAUUUAGCUUUUGAAGCUGAGGCUCAGGUAUCACACCUUUGAGGAAUCCGCCCUUACACCUUACAUAGGGUCAUUCCCCUUUCACUUCAGCAUGCAAAGCAAUUAGUUUAAAUUUCUGGAGGGCAUAUUAACAUCUCUGAAUCCCAGUUAGUUUAGAUUUUGGAUGUAGUAGACACUCAAGUCCAUUUACUUGUUAAUCUCUACUGACUGUGAAACUCCCACUCCCUCCUCCAUGGAACCUGCUGGAAGCUUCUAUCUGAUCUUCAUAUGUCAAAGUGCGGCGAGGGAGAAUAGGACCGACUGCGUUGGAAAAGUAAAACAGUACUGACACCACCUCAGGCCACCUUCCUCCCUUCGGUGCCUUCGGAUGUGACAGCUUUUCUUCUCAAUCGGAGAAGCCAAAUACGAAAAAAGCCUGGGGCUGCGGAGUUGUGGGUAACGGACUAGUACAACCGCAUGGGAACCAAACGGCUUCCUGCAAUCUAGCAUCUGCAAAGGCAGAAUGAUUUCGGGCGAGUCCUUGUCCGUUAGGAUUCCCGGCGCAUAGAUCACGGGAUCUACGCGCAAGCCGGAACUAUGCUCCCGGAAAAGAACACGUAUCGGCGAAUGACGUCACGGGUCUCGAAAGGCUUGGCCGCCUCCGGUAGCCAUAAUGAGAGCUGUGGUGAACGGUGAUGAAAAUAGAGCCCGACGUGCCUUGUUAUUAAUAGACGUCCACACUCUCCCAAACGCCCCAUGUUCCUGUGGAAUAACAGUAUGCUACAAAAGUACUUUGGCACUACUACCUCUGAAGGCUCUAUUGGAGUGCGGAGGCGUAGUGGAAGACAAGGCAAGCGUGAAUAGCCGACGCCUCCGUAACCAUGGCUGCGAGGGGCGGGGACUGAGAACGCCGGUCACGGGACUGGGGCCGGCCGGGAGACUCAGUCCUCCACGGUCCCAGCCGGCCCUGCGCACGCUUUUCGUCUCCCCUCCCCCGCCCCGCGACACGCUGCGUGGCUGCUCGUUGGCUACUUAGGACGGAAGCUCGGUUGGUGCUUCUCCAGAAGUUUCCCCCUUGGGCGGCGGCGGCGUAGCUCAUAACCUCGGAGGUAGCAGCUCUAACAGCAAGAGCGAUAUUUAGGGAUGGCGGCAGCUGCAGCAGGACCUGCAACAGUCCAGAAGUUUUUCCGGAGCUUCUCAGAUGCUCUGAUCGAGGAGGACCCCCAGGCGGCGUUAGAGGAGCUGACUAAGGCUUUGGAACAGAAACCAGAUGAUGCUCAAUAUUAUUGUCAAAGAGCUUAUUGUCACAUUCUUCUUGGGAAUUACUGUGAUGGUGUUGCUGAUGCAAAGAAAUCUCUUGAACGCAAUCCAAAUAAUUCCACUGCUAUGCUGAGAAAAGGGAUAUGUGAAUACCAUGAAAAAAACUAUGCCGCUGCUUUAGAAACUUUUAUAGGAGGACAGAAAUUAGAUAGUACAGAUCCUGAUUUCACUGUCUGGAUUAAAAGGUGUCAGGAGGCCCAGAAUGGAUCACAAUCUGAGGUGUGUGCAUCCCAGAGGACUCAUCAGUCAAAAAUCAAGUAUGACUGGUAUCAAACAGAAUCUCAAGUAAUCAUUACACUUAUGAUCAAGAAUGUUCAGAAGAAUAAUGUAAAUGUGGAAUUUUCAGAAAAAGAGUUGUCUGCUUUGGUGAAACUUCCUUCUGGAGAGGAUUAUAAUUUGCAGCUGAGACUUCUUCAUCCUAUAAUCCCAGAACAGAGCACAUUUAAAGUACUUUCAACAAAGAUUGAAAUUAAAAUGAAAAAGACAGAGGCUGUGAGAUGGGAAAAGCUAGAGGGGCAAGGAGAUGUGCCUAAACCGAAACAGUUCAUAGCAGAUGUAAAGAACUUAUAUCCAUCAUCAUCUCAUUAUACAAGAAAUUGGGAUAAAUUGGUUGGUGAAAUCAAAGAAGAAGAAAAAAAUGAGAAGUUGGAGGGAGAUGCAGCUUUAAACAAAUUAUUUCAGCAGAUCUAUUCAGAUGGUUCUGAUGAAGUGAAACGUGCUAUGAACAAAUCAUUUAUGGAGUCUGGUGGUACAGUUUUGAGUACCAACUGGUCUGAUGUAGGUAAAAGGAAAGUUGAAAUCAAUCCUCCUGAUGAUAUGGAAUGGAAAAAGUACUAAAUAAAUUAAUUUGCUAUCACUGUAUUGCAUAUAUUCACCUAUGCCCAUUGUGUAUUAAUAUCGCAUUCUUGAAUUUUGAACUCUGAGUAUCUUUUUGAAAGGUUAUACCUCUUUACGUCUUUGUGCUUUAGAAAUUAUUUUCCUUCCAAGCGUUCUAAGAGUCUAAUGAAGAACUAAGAUCAUUUUUUAACACUUUUGUCCUUAAGGAUUUCAGACAUGCUGAAAUGGAAUAAAGUAUCAUUUGCUACUAGAUAGAUUAGUUCUACCUAGUUAUGGAAGUGGAAAAAUCAUCAGUGGGAUAUCUUGGGUUAUUGCCUUAUUUUUGAUGGAGUAUUCUGUUAAUAAUUUAUUAGAUUUGGCAGUUUUGGGUGAGCAUAGAUUUUCUUUCACCUUCCGUGUUACAUUGUUUGCUUUUAAAAACAGCUUUUGGAUGGAGUUGUAAAUACAAUUUUUCUAUGAAGAA